GAACGCGGGCUGAUCUUGGCGCCAUUAAACGUCACACCUGGCCCCGUUGUUUGUCGUGCCCAGUCUGACUGUUACCACACACAUCUCCAUUCCAAGCAGCCAAGAGCAGCAGAUCUUAGAAUCGUACGUAACACCUUUGCAUUACGAACAGGACAAGGACUGGGUCUCUUCCUUAGCAUCACGCGACAGCUUACUACCCUUUUUUCUGCCACGUCUUGACUUGUCAUUUUCCUCUUUCUCGUACACAUUGACGACGGCCAUCAAUUGGCGCAUCAACCGUCGAACGAAACGAAGAGGGGAAAGACGGCCGAAGCCGGCACGGUCGAAUCAGCCGACUGAUACUACCGACAUUCUCGGAAGAGCUUCGGUACCAUCCACAGCCUGCGGGAGGAGUAGUUGGAACGAAACACAAACACAACCUGAUUGUCCUCCGACGUACCCGCAAGUCGCUCUGGGUCUUUGCGCUGGCGCUUAGCUCUCCGUGCCACCACCACACCAAUCUUGCCCGCGAUAGUCUCUGCCUGGAUGCUUACCAGGCCGAGGGAUGCCUGCAUACUCGACAUUUACUGAUGGAAUCGGCUCGGGACAUAGUGCCGACAAUAUGGCGAGGAUACGACACAGGGGCUUGAAGCCCGGCGGAGGCCAGGCCUCAAUGAUGAGCAGCGUAAUAAACCUUUUGAACACGAUUGUUGGAGCGGGCACCCUCGCCAUGCCUUCGGCCCUUUCGCAUAUGGGCAUCACACUCGGCACUGCCGUCAUAAUCUGGUCCGGAUUGGCCUCUGCCUUUGGGCUGUACCUUCAAUCCCGUUGCGCGCGCUACAUCGACCGAGGCCACUCUUCCUUCUUUGCGCUUUCACAGUUGACGUAUCCGAACGCGGCCGUCUUCUUCGACGCCGCCAUCGCAAUCAAAUGUUUUGGCGUCGGCGUGUCAUACCUCAUCAUCAUUGGUGAUUUGAUGCCCGGCGUGGCGCGGGGCCUGGUUUCUGAUACUGGCUAUGGCGACGGGGCCGAUGUGCUUCCUCCAUACAUGCUGGACCGGAAUUUCUGGAUCACGGCGUUCAUGCUGGUCAUCAUUCCGUUGGGAUUCUUGAGGAGGCUGGACUCACUCAAGUACACGAGCAUCAUUGCGCUUGUGUCUAUUGGAUACCUCAUAAUCCUCGUUGUUUAUCACUUUGCUGCCGAGUCUCAUCCGAAUCGGGGCCAAGUUCACUAUGUUACAUGGGAGGGCCCGGUCUCUGUGCUGGGCGCUUUCCCUGUAGUUGUGUUUGCAUAUACAUGCCAUCAAAACAUGUUUUCUAUUCUUAAUGAGCUCAAAGAUGGCUCCCCUGGUAGUGUAGUUGGAGUCAUUGGUACUAGCAUUGGAUCAGCAGCUAGUAUCUAUAUUCUCGUAGCCAUUACCGGCUACUUGACCUUUGGCAACCUGGUCGUUGGAAAUAUCAUCUCGAUGUAUCCCGCGAGCAUCGCCUCGACUAUUGGAAAGGCCGCCAUUGUUGUUUUGGUCAUGUUCAGCGUCCCCCUUCAAAUUCACCCCUGUCGCGCAUCGCUCGACGCCGUGCUCAAGUGGCGCCCCAACCGCAACAACAGCGCUGGCGGUGCGCACCCCGACUCGACGCUCAUCCCGCCGGCUUCAUCCGCAAACGACUCGCACGGUUCCCCAACGACGCCAAUGUCGGACCUUCGCUUCGCAAUCUUGUCGACAAUCAUUAUCGUCUGCAGCUACGCCACCGCCCUCACGGUCUCCAGCCUGGACAGGGUGCUAGCUUACGUGGGCUCGACGGGCUCGACGGCCAUAUCCUUCAUCCUUCCCGGGCUGUUCUACUACAAGAUCAGUGACCCGAAUAGCAUUCAUCACCAGCGCCUGACCAAGGACGAGGAUGAUGCCGAGGACGACAAUUUAGAUGCGUCCACUGACGAGGAGAACGGCAAUCUGGACCCGGCCGGCGCGGGCCUGCUGGAGAGUGUCGCCAGCCUCCGGUCCGGCAUGAGCGCCGCGUCGAGGCCGCGCGGGACCAGGUGGCGGCGCAGACUGCGCUGGGACCUCGAGCACAUUGAGCACGGCCUGUUGCGCAAGAUGGCGCUGGGUCUGGCAAUCUAUGGCAUGUGCGUGAUGACCGUCUGCCUGAUCAUGAAUACCUUUUUCGUUCAUACGAAGGAGUAAGUAGCAACGGCGCAAGGGUUAUAGGGCAGGGUAUUGUCGAGGACGGGGGAGGGAAGAAAGCCUCCUAUGUCCAGGAUGUUGGGUUAGCGUACACUUGUAUUCCUUUCCGUCACUAUAUACGAAUCUGGCAAAGGACUGUCGUCUUUUUGGCUUAACAGCAUUGGAGCGGAAGAACCCCUGAUAUACCAAGGGGUGCUUGAUUUCUUUUGAUUUUUUAUGUUUAUAUAGAAGCAGCGGAUCGGACAUGCGACACGACGAUACAUGUAUAGAAUGUUUGGUCAUAGCCUCAAUGCAGAUGUUGUCUUUUCACGAACAA